UUCUGCUACUGGAAGACCAGUAGCAACCCCAAGCAGAAGACUGCAAACCUCGAGUGGUACCUCCAACUCCACUUCCAAUGAACUUAAAAUCUCGUCGCAAAUACCUUCUGGAAGCAGAAAUACUGCAUCUACCAGUCGGUAUGUUGCCUCUUCUGUCACGGCCAAAAGCAGUGACAAGUCAGAAACCAAAUCCACAAGGAGAAUUCCACCCUCUAAAAAGGCCCAUAACGACCGCCGUAUGGCUACACGAAUUCUGCAGCGCGUAGGUGAGAUCCCGGCCGAUAAAAUCAGUCAGCAACAGGCCUCAUCCCUUGAAUGGGCCAAAAGCAUCUUGGCCAAAUCAAGCAAUAAAGAGGCUUCCAAACCGGACCAAGUGUCUAAAAGACAAAGGUCUCAGGAGGAAGAACCCCCUCUUACGAAAAAACCAAGAGGUUACAAUGUACUGGUACGACCGUACAGUGAGGUUGCGAAGGACAAUCUCAUUAUAGGUGUCCUGGAUAGGAGUGCCGAGGAGGGGAGAAUCCCCAAAGACAAAUGGAAAUGGGUGUCGGCCGCGCUGGCAGACAUCUUCCUCCAAGUUUUGGAAGAAAACCCAGGACCUGCUCCCUCCUGCGAAGACGCGGGUUGGCACCAAGGACAAGUGAAAUUGGUAGCUUGCAAGGAUGCGAGAUCGGUUGCCUUGUACAAGGCAGCUGUCUCUAAAGUAGGAGAGAUCUGGCCUGGAGCCAGACUUGAAGCGGUAGACAAGAAGGAUAUACCAUCUCGUCCUAGGGCCAGGGUUUGGAUUCCAACUAAGCAAACUGACCCGGAGCAAAUUCUGAAAAUAAUCAGGAUCUGUAACCCCAACCUUCCAACUGGAAAUUGGAAGGUGGUAAAAUUAGAGGAGCCUGUUGGACCGACCAGACAAGCUGUCCUUGUAUUAAAUGCGGAGUCAUUGAAACCGCUCACCGAAGCUAAGUACGUAAUCUCCUAUGGCUUUGAGAAACUAAAUCUCAAGGUCUAUCGUACCGAUGCCACGGAAGAACCGGAGAAGAUUACGUCUGCUCAGCCCUUGCUGGAGGAACCAGCUAAAGAACCAAUGCUAAGACAGCAGAGUUGUGAGGAAACACAGAGUGAAGACCUGCCAGAUCAAAUGGAGGUAGACUCGCUCUCUCUGGUGUCUGAAGACAAAUCGGAUGCGGGGUCGGUGACCAGUCUGGGCAACCUAUUCGAUGAGAGUGGGCUCCUGGAUUCGGAUGACGAAGCCGAUAAAACGGUGGUAGAGGUUCAGGUACCUGAUGAAGGUGCUUCAAAUUAAUCUCCACCACUCUAAAGCUGCUUCAGCAAACCUUCUAAUCCACCUUGCACAGGGUGGAGCCGAUAUUGUUCUGAUUCAGGAACCAUGGAUACUGGAAAACCGGAUCUGUGGAAUCGGAACAAAUGACUAUAAACUUAUCAGCAACACAGACUCAGUGAUGACGACCAGACUGCAGUGAGUUUGGAAAUCGACGGCAAAACCGUAUGGGUGGUGUCAUCAUACAUGGCCCAUGACCAUAUAGGAAAUCCACCACCGGAAAUACUUAAGCAGCUCGUGAUAACAGCAGCAGAAAGAAUGACUGGUGUUGUGAUUGGAGCCGAUGCAAAUGCUCAUCACACAAUCUGGGGUAGCUCGGACAUAAAUGAAAGAGGUGAGUCGUUAUUCGAUUUUAUUCUAGAUUAUAAUCUUCAUAUAUGCAAUACAGGAGUGGAACCUACUUUUAUUAUUGCAGGCAGAAAAGAAGUUUUAGAUAUUACGUUAACUAUUGAAAACACAGAUCUUGAGAUUAAAGAUUGGAGAGUUCUUGAUGAACACUCAUUCUCUGACCAUCGUUAUAUUCAAUUCUAUAUAAAUCUACAAUGUCCAGUUGAGAAACCUUAUCGGAAUUACCGUAAUACCAACUGGAGUAGAUAUCGAACCAAUUUACUAAAUCUACUUCCUCUAUAUCCUAUUGAAGAAGUAGAGACUCCUCAAUCGCUAGAUAACGUUGUGGAAACCUUCACAAAAGCUUGC